AUGGCAGGUUCAAGUCAUAUGAACUAUGACCUGGGACCGGAGUCAUCCAGGCUAUGUUCCAGAAGAAGACCUCACAGCUGGCACAGUUCUAUGGGAUCGCCGGCCCAUAGAAGCAUCAAGAGAUAUUAUGUAGCUCAAACGAUGGACGGACAAAGGGCCUUGGAACUGAUGCCCCUGCUGCAGGAGCGGCUUGUGAUACUGAGCGGGGGCAGGGACCGUCGCGGCGGUCCCGUCCUCUCGUUUCCCGCCAACCCGCGUCGCGAGCGCGCCAAACCGGAGGACUACCGUCGGCUGCUGCAGUAUCUUAUGUCCUUGCCCAAUGAAGGGGCAAAGUCACUAGGUUUUACAGUGCUGGUAGAUAUGAGGGGGGCCACAUGGUCGACAGUAAAACCCAUUUUAAAGGCCUUACAUGAACAUUUUCCACCUGGUGCCGUACACCAAGCGCUAAUCGUGAAGCCUGACAAUUUCUGGCAGAAACAGAGGACGUCGCUUGGUUCACACAAGUACAAAUUUGAGACAAAUAUGAUAAGCAUAGAAGCCCUAUCGAAAAUAAUCGACAGCACCCAGCUAACCACCGAUCUGGACGGCACGCUAACCUACGACCACGCCAUCUGGUUGGAGACCCGACUUGCCGUGGAGGAAUUCGCGUGGCAAGCCGCAGACCUGAUGGACCGUCUCGACGACUUGCAAGAAGAUUUGGCCAGGAACGAUAUCGCUGACGACGUGAGCGGGGCCAAGCACAAAAUCGAUCUACACAACGAGAUGAAGAAGAAGAUCGUGAAGGUGCCAGUCGAAGAAAUCAAUUUGCAAGGUCAGCGUCUUUUGCAAAAAGUGUGCGGGCACGACACCGGCCAGGGGGGCGGCGGGGGGAACCGGGAGCAGGAUUCUUCGAGCGGAAUGGGACCUGACGCCUGCGAUAUAAAAAGUUUGGUGCUGCAGAACCUAGAGGCGCUGCACGCGCAGCAGCAGCAAUUGCUGCAGGGUUGGCACCACAAAAAAGUCAAACUGGACCAGUGUUUUCACCGUCUGGAUCGGACUUGGAAGGACUUUGCUGCCGGUUUGGACGAACGGACGGCCGUUUUGGCCUUGUCGGUUAUUUUUCAUCAUAAAGCCGAGCAGUACGUUGAUAAUGUUCCGGCUUGGAAGAGCGCGUGCGAGAACGGAAGCAUUCCGUCCGAAAUAAUGCUGCUGGAAAAUUCCAUUCAUCAGCAUCAGAAUUUGUAUGAGAGCAUGUGCCAGGCCUAUACGGAGGGCGACGGUACGAAUUUCGAAAAUCGACCAGGCGGUAACCCAGCCGCAGAUUAUAGUGAGGGUGCUAGUCAUGUUUUGGCGGUGAUCCACCAAAUUUUAAACCACCACAGAGCCUUAGAACAGAAAUGGCACGCCAAGAAAAUCAAAUUACACCAACGUCUUGCCUUGAGGUUGUUCCAGGAGGAUGUCAAACAAGUGUUGGAUUGGUUGUCCAAUCAUGGUGAAGUUUUCGUAAGGAAGAAUACCGGAAUAGGAAGAAAUCUACAGAAAGCUAGAGUGUACCAAAAAAGCCAUGAACAUUUUGAAAAUGUUGCCCAGAGGAUUUUACGCAGUCUCGAAACAAGCUCUGUAGGCCUGCGGUUUGCUGAUAACUUCAUGUCGAUUUGA